ACAAUCGAAAUAAAAGUGAAGAUACAUAGAAAGGUUUGACAAGCCUGAUAGCUCUAUAUGCCACCAUCACCAUGAUGUGUCCGGCAAAAACACUUCACGAAGUCUCCAAAUACAUAAAACAAGUAGGAUGAUGUGGAGUAAGACUUCGUUUGGUCUGCACCGGAAGUUGUUGAUUGUUUUUGUUAUGAUUGUCAUCAUAACCCCACCCCCAGUCUUCUAAAUCUAGACACACCCAUGACCAGAAAAAAGAAACUUCCAUCAGUGUUGUAUGCAAGCUCAAAACUGCAUCAGCAAAUGAAGGAAAUUAGUCUUUGACUGCGAGAUUACAAUCAUCGAGACACCAGAAGACUGAAAAAUCUCCAACAGUAACAGAGGUGCUCUGGUGUUGCGCUUCACAUGAAACAUCCAUAAAAAUGGAAGACAGCCCCUCCGAGAUGGAAUGGCAAAAUCUGCCUAGUGACAGAUGGACAGAAUUUCAAGUGAGCUCCUGGCUGAAAUGCAUUGGAAUAAAAGAGAAGUACAUAAUAAAAAUGGAGGAGGAAGAGGUGACAGGACCAGUUCUCACAACUCUACAGGGAGACUAUCUCAGCACUACAAUUGGAAUGAAAAGUGCACAGAUUGAACACCUAUUGAAGAAAAGAGAUGAGCUCUUAAUGCCAGAACCAAACAAGUGGAAAAAAGGAAGCAAAUUCAGCAACAAAAGUAGAGAUGACACAAAAGAAGAGGCACAUCUAGGACAGGAACCAAACCUCUCUUCGCAAAAACCUUGUGCCAGGGCAGAAAUGGAAGAUAUUCCUUUGGAGUGCAGUGACAACUCAACUUCUACAGGACUAACUUUAUCUUUCUGUGACUAUCGGGACUUUGACCAGGAAGGAAAAAACUGCAGAUAUGUCAAACACAAUGUACUCCCUCCAGAGACGGGAAUUGAAAACAUGAUUCUUCCAUGCCAUGAAUAUAAGUCCCUGGAGAUUGCACACAAACUAGACUCACGAAGGCUACAAGUGAAAGUAGCAAGUGAAGUGCUAAGAUUUGCAUGCGCAUGCAUGAAUAUGCGAACUAAUGGGACAAUUCAUUUUGGGAUUAUGGAUAAAGUAAAAGGCAAACAUCAGCAUGGUGAAAUUAUAGGAGUGCCUAUCAGGAGUAGAGAAGAUUUUGUUGACGCACUAGAUUACAUUGAAAACUGCUUCAAAGAUUCAAAUCAACAGUCAGAUGCCAGGAAGUGCAUAAGAAACCCCCGAUUCAUUGAGGUCAUUGACAAGGAAGCUACUGAGAAAACAUGGGUCAUUGAAUAUGAUGUUGUCCCAAAAGCAAGCAUUGUCAAAGAUAAACUGUACUAUGUUGGCAUCCCAAAAUUCUCUGAGAAGAAUAAGAAAAUAAUCCAUGAAAAGAAAGUUCCUUUCCACAGAGUAGGCGCUAAUACACCUCAAGUAUCCGAUGAUGACCUUGUUCUGUUCAUUCAACAACUGCGUGACAAAGACCAACAGAGAGAAGAGGCAGAAUCUUCAGGCAAUCAAACAGUCGAUGACAGUAGAGAGGAUCUAAAGAGGAAACUCUCCAUCCUUUUAACAUCUGGGAAAACGUAUAUGGACAACUCUCUCUUUUACAUAAUAGUGACCAACAAAUUUCAGCCUGAGCAUCUUGACAGCAUAAACUUCUUGCUUCACAUGAAUCUAUUCUGUGUAUUUGAUUUUGACCCUGAUUCAAAGACAUCUGGUCUUUGCUGUAAAUAUAGGAAGCAGAAGGCAGUAACCCUUCACUUUCUUGGUGAUUACACCAGUGAAUCAAUUGAUUCCUUGCAACUUUUUCAGAGAACAAGCUGGAUUUUCUGCAAUGGUAGAAAAAACUUCCCUGAUGGAGAGGAACCUUGCGAUGAAAGAACCUGGAUCAAAACGAGAAAGAAAAAAAUGAAAAAAGUGGUGUCUCUCAUCUGCAAUGACUUCCUUCCUAGGAGUUCAUUUGUAGUCCUCUUUCUGCUCAUGUCAGAUGUUGAACAGCCACUUGUGGAGACAUUUCAUGAGUUUUACGCUGAAAUGAAUGGACACGAUAAUUUUGCAGUCAUAUCAGAGUUGAAGGAAAACUACAAAAAGUGGUCAAGUCUUGCCCAGGUGUCUUGUCACAUGUCUUCACUCAAAGACAUCAGCAUUGUUGGUAUGUCCCUGUCUCAUGUGGAUGCCACAAUUCAAAGCAUUCAGAUCUCAAAGAAUCUACCCACAAGGACACUGCCAGUCUUAAAAGGAGGAGUAUGCUUCUUAAAGUCAGUUGAAGAGGCUAUGUUAGAUUCUCUGGAAAUCAUCAGUGUUGACCAGUGUGAUGAAACAAAAGUGGAGAUCAUGAGUAAGGAGGAAAUCCAACAAAUUGAGAGCUAUUUUUAUAGAGGUGGAAAAAUAGACUGGAUCAAUUUCUGGCUUGCUGACAAACACAAGUGUGGAAAUAUCAUAAAGAGGGAUGCCUAUAACGAAGCAAGCACAAUCCUGGACAAGAUAACACAUGUCACCAAAGCCAUACGUCCCAUUGAGAGUGUGAACAUAUACCAUCAUCCCGGCAGUGGUGGAAGUACAGUGGCACGACAGAUCCUCUGGUGUUGGAGAGAAAAGGUACGAUGUGCAGUUGUUAAAGAGUGUAAGGAAAUCACAACUGUGUGUGAGCAUGCAGUGAUGCUGAGAGAACAUGACGAGAAAGACAAAAACAAUUGUCUGCCAGUGCUCUUGCUCUUGGAGGACCGCAAGGCAGAUUACAUAGAUGAUCUUAGACGGGAGCUUGGAAGUGUCAUUGCAACCAAAAAAAUUAGCCCCUCUGUGUUGUGCUUUAUCCUACUCAUCUGCAACAGGUCAAAUGAUCCAGGAAGAAUGUGCAGAGCAUCACCUACCCAAACAGUAGCAGUCAAACAUGAGCUAACAAAUGGAGAGAAGGAACUGUUCUCAAAAAAGCAUGAGCAACUCAUAUUGGAGUUUGAACCACGCUUCAUCCUGACAUUUGUUCUGAUGACUGAAGGGUUUGAGGCAAGUUACAUUGAAAAUUUUGUGAAAAACCUUCUAGAUAAGAUUGAUCACUCAUGUCCUGUCACUCGUCUCAUCCGAUUUGUGGCUCUCUUGAAUUGCUACGUUGGAGACUCAUACAUAUCUGUAUCGCACUGCGAGGCAUCUCUUGGCAUAGUUACACAUGACAGAACACGGUACCAUGCAUUUGUGGGUCAUCUUAAUGACGAAGCUAGGCUUAUUUUCAUCCACCUUAAAGAAGGUUCAACACACAUCUCAUCAAUACGGAUUAUUCAUUCACUGGUGGCAAAAGAAAUUUUGAAACAGCUGUCUACAAAUUUGCCUCAGAGUGAUAUUGCCAUGGAUCUCAUCAAUGACAAGGUACUGAUCAAUCACAGGUUCGGCAGGGAUGAGUUCCUGAAGUUCAUUAGAGCUCUAUUCAUCAGACGCAACAAAAAGAGCAGAGGAGAUCCAGAGGACACAGCUUUUUCACCCCUUAUUGAGCUUGUCAGCACUGAAAGAGGUGGUCUUCAGAAAGCUGUUGAUCUCAUGAAAACUGCUCACAUAGCUUUGGGAAAAGAUGCCUAUGUGGCACAGCAGCUUGCAAGGCUGCUCUACACAAAUUUGAGAUUUGAAGAAGCCCUAAAAUGGGCACAGGAAGCAAAAUCGAUUCUUCCACAUGAUACAUUUGUUCUUGACACCUUGGGACAAGUUUACAAAUGGUGGUUUUAUCAUUUGUAUGACACCCUCGAGGAAAAACAGCCAUCCCCUGAAAGGGCAACUGAAAUCAUAGACACUGCACUCAAAGGAAUUUCUUCCUUUAGGGCUUCAGAGAAAACACCAAAGAAAGUGACUGUCAGCCUUAAUAGUUCUUACCAAGGGGAAGUAGAUGUUGGCUGCAGGCUGCUAAAAUUCCUGUCAGGAGUAGAUGUUUUUUUAAACAAUACUGGAAAAUCAGAGUUGAUGCAGUACUUGUUAACAGACUACAUACCAGCAGAGGUCAACAAACCCUGGCAGAGAUUUCAUCAGCAGUUGAAAGGAUUAGAAAAGAGCUUGAACCAUGCACUUGAAUGUAUUUCUGAAGACCUGAGCUACUUUCAAACUGACAUUAGUGAAGAGGAUGAAGAACUUGAUGCAAGGGAUCCAGAACAACUACACAAUCCUAGAGAAUGGCUGACAAGGAAGAGUGCUGUUUAUGCUAGAUUUUUUUGUGAUCUCUCAGACGAGAGUGAACAAAGAGCUGAAAGCAAGAGUAAUGAUGUGACUGGUUCAGCUGAAAAGCUUUCUACUUUCCAAAGACAGAUGAGAACCUACAGGCUUGGUGGAGGAAAUUUUACAUCCAUCGUCUCUUUACUUUACGACAUCAACCGGGAGAGGGCAGGAAUAAAACUUGAGACAAUAAUUGGCAUGUACCCAGAAAACCUUACAAGGAAUUGCUUGGACCAGAGAGAACUUGCAAAUUUCAUCAUGUGCCAGAUAGCUCUUAACUGUACUCUACCGGGGUCCACAAAGCUCAUGACCCUUGAAAAGCUUCAAGAUCUCAGCAAGAGAUUCAUUACAAAGGGGAGGAACAUGUCAACAGCAAGUGCUCUCUUCCUUCUCUCCCUUCUGUUUUGGCCUGAGACUAGCAAUGAGCUCAGUUCUGCUGAUGCUGACAUCCUUUUAUCAGCUCUUGAUGCACUUCAGAAACUCUGCUGGCAAAAAAGCCAAGAUGUUUCUCAGAAGAAAAGCAAAAUCGUGACUCACUUCUUUCUGGCAAAGGCAAAAGGUCUUAACAAGAUUGUCCACAGAACUGCUAUUGAAAAGCAGAUUAAAGGUACUCUCAGUGAAAGAAAACUGAAAUGGCUUGGAGGGGAAGUGUGGAAAACCAAGGAAGUUGUGCAGUUACUGAAACGUGUUGAAGGAUGGACAGAAAAUGGAAAUUUGUUUGUUAACGGUGGAACCAGAGACACCAAGAUUAGGGUCAUUCCUCGAUAUUCUGCCUCCUUGCCCAAUGGAAAUGAAAUUGUCACCUUCUACCUGGGCUUUUCAUUCGAUGGAGUGCUUGCCUUUGACAUCCAAGUAGUCGAAUAAUGUUCCCAGUGUGAAUCUAGGAAUAUUGGUCCUAUAUUGCAGUAGUAGAACUUUCUUUUCUUUCUUUCUUUUUUUUGUAGAGGACACAAAACAAACCAGAAGAAAUGGAAAUUCUGGAGAUUUAUUUUCUGAAAGAAUGAACUGAAUGUGUCAAUUGAUAGUGAACAAGAAAAGUUGUUCCUCAGAUGAUAUUUUAAAUGGACCGCUUUUACAUAUGUAUUGCUAUUUUGUAAGAUGCAUCCGGUGGGAUAUGAUUCUCGAGCAGCAUGAACAUUCCUUUUUGAAAUGACAAAAACAAGCGCUCGAGCACCAAGAACUGAGCUGAUCUAAUUUUAGCCUCUUUUUUUGUUGUUUAGCAGUAAUGUUUGGUUUGUUUUUUACACAGUAUUUACCCUUGGAUUAUUUUUUUAACAUGAUUAUGUUUUGAGUUUAAUACUUAUUUGUCUUUUUUGAAUGAUCUGGGCACAGCUAAACUGAACCAGUACACACAAAGUCUGUGUAAUCAAAAUCAGACCAUUUGACAACGAGACUGCAAAUGUGAGAUAUUAAGACUAAGGUUAUUUAAGGUAAUAUUUCAAGUAUAUCUGGGCAGAAUAUUUGCUGUAUUAGUCUUGAUGAAAACCAUAUUUUAUACAAAGAAUCUUAGAAGCAGUUUUUUUUUCUUUUUUAACUUUUGAAGUUAUUUACUUCCUAUUCAUGUUGUAUUUACAUCUAGAAGAAAUGCUCCUUACUUUUGGUAUAAAGCUAUUAAAUCAUGUGCAUCUUUCCACAACA